AUGGCUCUACAAGCGCCACGACUGGUGCUACGAGCUGUCAGAACAGUUUCAAGAUGUACAGUUGUCCGUCAAUCGAUUCGAAGCAUUUCGUCUGCUUCCGAAGCCGAUCUCAAGACAACCCUUCGAGAAGUGAUCCCAGAGAAGCGAGAACUGCUGAAGCAGGUGAAAGGACAUGCGGACAAGAAAAUAGGAGAUGUGUUGGUCGGCCAGGUCAUUGGCGGAAUGCGCACAUUGAAGUCAAUGGUAUGGGAAGGGUCAGUCCUGGAUGCGGAUGAAGGAAUCAGAUUCCACGGAAGAACCAUCGCAGACUGCCAGAAAGAAUUACCAAAGGGCACUUCAGGGACAGAAAUGCUGCCUGAGGCAAUGUUCUGGCUUCUACUUACGGGGAAAGUCCCCUCAACAAACCAAGUCCGUGGUUUAUCCCGUGAGCUGGCCGAGAAGAGCAAACUACCUGCCUCUGUAAGCGGGAUGCUCAAAGCCUUCGACAAAUCAGUCCACCCGAUGACACAAUUAGCCUGCGCCGUCGCAGCCCUGAACGCAGAAUCUGUCUUUGCAAAAGCCUACGCCGAAGGUAUAAACAAAACCCAAUACUGGGAACCCACCUUUGACGAUUCCAUCUCCCUCCUGGCCAAACUCCCCCGCGUUGCCGCAACAAUCUUCAAUAAGUCCGCCGCCGCCGCCGAUCUUGAUCUAGACCAAGACUGGAGCUACAACUUCGCCUCCCUCCUCGGCAAAGGCGGCCCCGAAAACGAGGGCUUCCAAGAUCUACUCCGCCUCUAUCUAGCCCUACACGGCGACCACGAAGGUGGCAACGUCUCCGCACAUGCAACCCACCUCGUCGGCUCCGCCCUCUCCGACCCUUUCCUCUCAUAUUCAUUCGGCCGGCCUCCUCGGUCUGGCCGGCCCCCUCCACGGCCUCGCAGCUCAAGAAACGUGAAGGACUACCUCUGGUCGACCCUCCGGGCGGGCCAAGUCGUUCCCGGCUACGGUCAUGGCGUGCUCCGAAAACCAGACCCACGUUUCAAAGCUCUAAUUGACUUUGCCGAUGCACGAGAGGACAUCGCCAACAACCCUGUGUACCGGCUUGUAAAGAAGAACUCAGAGAUAGCGCCAGGCGUGUUGACCGAGCAUGGCAAGACGAAGAACCCGCAUCCGAAUGUGGAUUCGGCUUCGGGUGUGCUGUUUCAUCAUUAUGGAUUCAGAGAUCCAUUGUACUAUACCGUCACAUUUGGCGUAAGUCGAGGGCUAGGGCCGCUGGCACAGCUGAUCUGGGACCGGGCAUUGGGUCUACCGAUCGAGAGGCCGAAAAGUAUCAAUUUGGCGGGGCUGAUGGCGAUGGUGAGAUGA